CAACGGGCUGGCAAACAAGAUGGCGGCGUCCAUGGGCGAGGUGGCCUCAGCCCUCCCUCUCCCGCAGCAGCAGGAGGAGGAGGAGGACGAGGAGGAGUCGGACCUGGAGCCGCCGCCCAUGGAGGAGCAUUUUGAUGGGGUGCUGAAUGACGAUAUCAUAGCUGAAGCCCUGUACAAGCUGGGGCGUUCAGCGCUUGGCACCGAAUAUGUUUACCUUAACCUGUCGCUUUCGGGCCGUAAUUUAAGCGACAUUAACAUUCUCUCCAAAUAUGUUCACUUAGAGAAGUUGGAACUUUCAUACAAUAAAAUUAAUGAUCUGUCUUGUGUCAGUCACAUGCCUUACUUACUGGAACUUGAUGCUUCCAAUAAUGAGCUGACUACAUACUUCAAUUUCAAACCGCCUAAGAGUCUCAAGGAGGUAGAUUUUUCAUACAAUCAAAUAUCUGCAAUGCGAGAUUUGUCUGCAUACCAGUCACUUACCAGACUCAUACUGGACCAUAAUAACAUAGAGAAGAUCAAAGGGCUAGAGAAAUGCCGAAGCUUGAUUCAUCUUAGCUUGGCACACAACAGGAUCACUACAAUCAAUGGUCUUAAAAACUUACCUAUCAAAACACUCUGCUUGAGAGCUAACCAGAUUGAGAAGAUAACUGGUUUGGAGGAACUGAGGGCUCUCCAGCGUUUGGAUUUAUCCAGUAAUAACAUCAGCAGCCUUGGAGGUUUGGAGGAGCACUAUCUACUAGAGGUGAUCAAUCUGGAAGAUAAUCAGAUUGCUGAUCUGGGUGAGCUUGAAUAUAUUGAAGAUCUACCUCUCCUUAGAGGCUUAAAUCUGUUAAACAACCCAGUGCAGCGCAACUUAAAUGUUUGCAGAUGUAAAAGAAGACCAGUGCAUCAUUUUUCAUAUUUCUAUCAGGAACACAAAGAAUAUUGGCUCUUGGUGAUUUUCAUGUUGCUCCGUUUAACAGAGCUGGAUAACAAGAAGAUUACAGUGGAAGAAAAGGUCGCUGCGGUGAAUAAGUAUGACCCUCCUCCAGAAGUGGUUGGUGCGAAAGAUCACAUGACCCACGUAAUGUACAGCCUGAUGCAGCCACAGAGGAUCUUUGACAGCACUUUGCCUAGUCUUGAUGCUCCCUACCCCAUGCUGAUAUUUGUUGGGCCCGUGGCCUGCGGGAAGCGGGAACUUACUCACAGAAUCUGCAGACAGUUCAACAAUUUCUUCAGAUACAGUCCCUGUCAUACCACGAGGGCGCCCUAUUUUGGAGAAGAAAACAGACUUGAUUUCUACUUCGUUUCUCAGGAAGCAUUUGAUAAAAUGGUGAACAUGGGGAAAUUUAUUGCAACCUAUAAAUAUAGUGGCUAUUACUAUGGCCUAGGAAGAGAGACUGUAGAAUCAAUUGCCAGAGAGGGACUUGCAAGUUGUGUUCAUUUGGAAAUAGAGGCUGUGCGAAGCUUGAAAAAUUCCUACUUUCAACCACGAUAUAUCCUGCUCGUACCAAUGAAUAAAGAGAGAUACGAGGGACAUCUGCGGAGGAAGGGGAUAUUCAGCCGGCCAGAGAUUGAGGAGGCCAUCACCAGAGUGGACAUGUAUAUCAAAAUAAAUCAGGAUUCUCCAGGAUAUUUUGAUGCAAUAAUUGACACGGAUGAUCUUGACGAGGCAUACACAAAACUGAGCCUCAUUAUAAAGGAGUAUCUAGGUUUGGAACAACCUUCGUUCUGUGAUGGCAAUCUGUACUUGGACAGCAAACCCAUAAGAGGUGCUAGAACACCGUCCACUGGAGAUCACCGAACACCAACUGGUGGAGAAACUACUAGACUAGCUCAUCCUUCUGCCCCAGGUGAAUUCUUGAGCUCCUCGGCCAGAAACUAUGCUGCUAGGAUCUCAGUUCACCUCUCCACACAGAAAACGCCAGUGGAAGAAGCUUCUCUGCAACGGCGACGUGAAGCAGCGCAUCGGGCUCUGAACGGAAAGGCUCCCAGCGCAUAUGCCCAGCUGUUUCAAAGUGAUCAUGCGAGUACCACAGCAGCAGCCAGUCCGCGCCAACAGUUGCUGGAGCCUCCAACACGCUCGUCUUUGUUCCCAGGUGGAAGUAACCUCACUCAAGACCGGAGCCUUCCUCCUGCUAGCCCAGACACCAGAACCAGUAAAAUCAAAAACCUUACCGGGUAAGAGGAUGACGUAAAUGUAAAUGACUGGGCACAACAAUCAAAGCACUCUCGUCUUCCCUGAGAUCAGGGCCAGCUAAUAAGUUGGACAGCAGUUAGGACAACUCUAUACAUGCUAAAAUAUCUGCAGUAAUGUAACAUUCAAGGACUUCUGCUGAAGCCUGAAUUGUUACAGAAAAGGAAUCACCUGUCUCCCUUCUAUUUUAUAGUCCUACAGACUGUUUUUAGCUCUAGCUAAAAACCUUAACUCAGGUUUAGGGGAUGUAUUUGGUACCCAUGUUGGUCUGAGAUGAACAGAAAUGCAAAAAUCUAGAACUCUUGAUUCAAAAUGAUGCCUUUUAUUAGACCAACUAGGAAAUCUCAAAAAAAAAAAAAAUCUUUUCUAUUUCCUACCUAUGGAGACUUUUUACCAUCUUUACUUUUCCCAGAGCCUGAUGAAGGCUGUUUGAGCCCAAAAGCUUAUAGAAAAAGAGAAUUUUUUUGUGAUUUGAUCUAAUAAAAGGUAACAUUUCUGAACCAAGAGUUCUAGAUUUUUGCAUUUCUUUAACUCAGGUUUAGUACCGUUAAUUCAGAUAUAGAAAUCAUUGACCAUUUAGUAUUAGAGCCACUGUCAAGAUGCUUAAAAAGACUUUUUAUUUUGUUUGACAAAUUUGAAUAAGAAAUGUGCAAUUAACUAUAAUGACUUACAGGACUAAUGAAACAAUAUUCAACUAUUUUGACCAUUUUUUGCCUAGCCUCUGGGUUUCUUAAACUUAAAAUAUAAAUUUGAAAAUGAGCGCACAAUCCAAUAAAGGUAUAUUUGUUUUUGCUUUGAUCUUAAACUGAAUCUUGCUAGUCCCCUAGCAUAUUACUAAAGCUUAUCGUUUCUCUUUAACUGGAGGAAAAAUAUGUGUUGUGUUAUAUAUAAUGAUGCAGCGCAUAAUCUGCAUUCCCCUUUUCAAAAUCCUAAAUCUGCCCAUGGAUGUACUGAUAUAAGUCCCAGUUUAGAGAGAGGUUAUGCUGGUAGGAGCUCAUCUGUCAGCAUAAUCCUAUAAGAAACAGCCUAUGCUGUCGAAUGCACUUUUCCACUGACAGAUUUGCAUCUGUGCUGCAGCUUUGUCAGAUGAUGAUGACGACAAUACAGAAAUUUUAUAGAUUGCGCCCCAGCUGACCUGACCAAACCAGCAACAUUUUUUGGAGUGAAACAUGACCUAUGACAGCGACCAGUUCUCUCUCUGAUGCAUUGCUUUCCAGCAUGCUGCAUUCACGUGCUUGGUAUAGAGAUCAACACCGGGUUCAUUUCAACCUGAUUAUUUUAUUUUUAGUCUCUGUUCUCUGAGCUGCAUGUCUGAGAACAUAAAUACAAGCAUAUGACCCUUCAGAAGCUAGUAUUUGCUUUGGCAUUGAUGUUUAAAAAAAAAUCCAAGCUGCUCUUUGUUCUGAGUCUGUAUUUAUCACUCCCGGUAUCAGAGAAUCAUAGAGAAGUCGGGCUGGAAGGGACCUCUGGAGGUCAUCUUGUCCAACCCCCUGCUCAAGGCAGGACCAUCCCCAACUAGCUCCCUAUCCAAAUCAUUCAAGUCCUUAUUUAACCUAAAAGUAAUUGUUCUACCUUAAAGCAAUUUCUUAGCCCUGCUGCAAUUUCAUCUAGUAGGUAUUAUGAGACAUGGAAACGAGAGUAUAGUUAGGGUUAAUCGGACUGCUUUGUAGUGCAGUAUGUGGUGUUGUGAACAUCCCUAGAUCCAGUUGAAUGCAGUGGAAGAUGUGUGCACGCAGCACUUCUCAGGGUCUCAGCCUCCUCCCGUUGAAGAAUCAGGCCCUUGGUGAAAAGAUCGUUUCCUGAUCUUUCUGGCGUGUACUUCUCUCCUUCUUUCUUCUGAUUUUCAUUUUAAUUUUUAAAAGCUCUGCUAAAUCAUAAUAGAUUGUUCCCAAAAAUUCAGCUGUUACAGCUGCCAGGUUCUACACACCUAGACACUGAGGCAACCUGCUUGCUUUGGCACAGUCCUUCAUCCAUAUUUUCCACAAUAGAAACAAAUGCAAUAGUGGAUGUUGUGCCUUGAACACUUAUCCUGCUGACCAGACUCCCUCUUCUUGCUCCUUUUCUGGCCCUGUGCCUCUCACAGUCCAUUCUCUAGACCAGAGCUUUGGUGGUCAGAGCACUCUCCUAGGCAGUGGGAGAUGUGGGUGUGAAACCCCUUAGGCUGAGGAGGAGAUUGAAGUGAGUUCUCUAAUUCUCUGGGUGAGGGCCCUAACUUCUAGGCUAUUAUCUAAAUGGUGGGGUGGUAUUACUACCAUUUAAAAGAGUGGUCGUAAUUUCUUUCCAAGAAUGCAGGGAAGCACCUUCCUUGGUAGCCAGUGGGGUCCCCCCGGGUUCAGUACUUGGACCAGUGCUUUUCAACAUCUUCGUUGAUGACCUGGAUGUGGGGGUGAAAAGCACACUGGCAAAGUUCGCCGAUGACAUUAAGCUGCGGGGAAGUGCGGGCACGCAUCAGAGCAGGCUGAUGAUCCAGGCGGACCUAGACACAUUAGUGAGAUGGAUGGACCAGAACCAGAUGCCAUCCAAUACUGAGAAGUGCAAAGCGCUCCAUCUGGGGAGGAAAAAUCAGCAACAAAUUUACAGGCUCGGUGGUGCUAUGCUAGCUAGCACCACAUCCGAAAGGGGGUCAUAAUUGACCAUAAAAUGAAUACAAGCCACCAGUGUGAUGCUUCAGUUAGCAGAGCAAACAACGUGCUGGCAUGCAUCAACCGAUGCAUCUCAAAUAAAACUAAGGAAGUGAUUCUCCUGCUCCAUUCAGCAUUAGCGAGGUCACAGCUGGAGUCCUGCAUCCAGUUUUGGGCACCACACUUCGAGAAGGAUGUGGAGAAGCUGGAGAGAGUCCAGAGAAGAGCCAGUCAUAUGAUUAGAGGCCUGGACAGCAAGUCAGAUGAGGAAAGGCUGACAGAUAUGGGACUGUUCAUCCUAGAAAAGAGAAGACUUUGGGCGAUUUGGUGGCUGCUUACAAAUAUAUUGGGGGGAGCAUCAGGGGCGAGGCAAACAACUAUUCACCAAAGCACCCCAGGGGAAAACCAGGAGCAACCGUCAUAAACUCCUAGAAGAAGGUUUCAGACUGGAUAAAAGGAAAAACUUCAUGGUUUGUGGACCAGACUCUGGAAUAGACUCCCAGCAGGGUGGUGCAAGCACCUACCUGGAGAUCUUCAAGAGGAGACUGGAUGCACACCUUGCUGGGGUUAUUUGACCCCAGCGGUCUUUCCUGCCCAGAGCAGGGGGCUGGACCCGAUGAACUCACGAGGGCCCUUCCAGCCCUAAAUGUGUGUGAAUCUGCGGUAGUCUGAGUCCAGAGAGGGGCUUGGCAUGAUUGGCUUCUUUGGAUCAUCUUUCUGAUGCACCUCUCUUCCCUCGUACCCUGGAUAGGGAGCCUGGCAUCUGACUCGGAUUUGGAUUCCACUUUGGGAACUGGGAACCUCAAAGCUGGGUGUUGUGGCACAUGAGUCAUCCUUGAUGUGGCCCUAAAUGACUUGCUCAGGGUAACAUGAGAAAUUGUUGGGUACUGAAACCACAUCUUCUGACUCUCGGUUCAGCCACAAAAGCAUCCUCUUUUUCUUAUCUAGAUGUCUCUAGAUAAUGUUGAAGUCUCAUGAACUUGGCAGGUGACCUUUUGAACAACUGGAUCUCGAUAAUAUUCUUAAGCUCUCCAUUUUAGUCCAAAAUCACCAACAGACAACUUGGUGUGUGAUGUUGAAUGUGGAACCGGAAAACACAACUUCUGAUUUCUCAUUCUAGCUCUGAAGCGGAUUGACUAUGCGACGUGAAUCUCUCCUCUGUAUUUUUUCCUGUCUGUGAUUGAUUGAUUAAGUGAAUUAAAAAUUGAAGUGGAGGGAGGAGUGCUUGUUUACUAACCCUGAAGGAGGGUUGAAGAGAUUGUAAUGUGUGAGAAAGUAAAGCGCUGUGUAACCGGGAAGCAGUCUGAUGGAUUGCAGGCUCCUGAUGGAUUAAUGUCACUUCAGACACAUCAGUAAUACUGUCAUGUUCACUGCAAAUGGCCUUUAUUGCCUUUAAAGAAUACAUAUUUUUCU